AGUUGAACUGCGGGUCAUUAGAUUCUUGCGGUACUCAGUGACAUGAUUUCAGACCUAUGGCUGCUGGCUUUACUUGCACUCAGCGUUAAUGCCAUAUAUGAAGAUCAGGUUGACGUUCUAGAUUGGAAUCAAAAGUUCGUGGGGAAAGUAAAGUAUUCAAAAUUAAAGUUUGAUGGGACUACCCCUAAAAACUAUUUUGUGGGUUCUGAACUCAACGUUAUUAGCUCUAUUAAUUUGAAGGAUGGGUCAAUUGUUUGGCGACAGGUACUUGACGAGGACGGUGAAUUAACUGGAUUUGAAUUGUGUGGCAAUAAGUUGUUUUCUCUUUCCUCCAAGCAUGGGACUAAGCUGCGUGCUUGGGACAUUAAGUUUGGUGGUGUUUUAUGGGAGAUUUUAAUAGAUUCUUCUGAAUCAUCCAGUGGAGACAUUUGGUGUGAUGAAAACUCGGGAAUUUUGGUUGUUGCUUACGAUAAAGGAGUGGAUACCUAUCGUCUUCAAACAGGUGAAAAGCUUCUGUCUGAUAGAAAUAUGAAUUCAAGUUCUCCUAUUCAAAUAAAUAUAGUUUCUGGGAAAACUGAAUCCAGUUCGACAAUCUCACUAGUCGAAAAAUAUCUGGAUAAGAGUGAUCAUCUGGAUAUUGAUACACCUGAAUUAUCUUAUAUAAUUAUCAGAACAUAUCCAAUUUCAAGUUCUGGAUUGCAAUUAACCCCUAUGGUCAUAAAGAACCAUACGAUUCAGUCGUCUGUUUAUAACCAACACUCGUGCAAUAUAUUCGGGUUACAUAACAUACCAACUGAUGCCGUUGUUGUGUGUUUAUCGUCGGGGCGUGGUAGACAGGGAAGCGUGCUUAGAUUUUCAUCUGUUUCAUCGUCGAAUUGGGACGUUAUCACAGUGAAAAGCACCUUUGAAAAUAUGGUUAAGCUGACAGACAAUGAUUUUCUGUUAACCUCUUCAUCGUUGGAGCCUACCACUGGGGCCGUAUAUCAUUUAGAUCCCUCUGGUAUUCCAGUUGUAAAAUACUUUGUCAAUAACGCUAUGAUUGGAUGUUUGGGAACGCUAAAUGGUCGAUCGUAUUUAUUUACACUUCAUCACAAUUCAAUUCAGGAUUUUAAGAAUCUGGCUCUGAACAUCUAUGAUUUAGAAUCUGGUGAAUUAUCCAAAGAACUACCACCUCGUCAUUUCACUCUCGCUGGCCAUCAUGGUACAAUUGAAUCAAUAUCUGUUAUCAUGUUUACUGAUGCUACUGGUGCUCCGAGUUUUCGAUUAUUACUACAUACAGAAGAUGAUGCUGUACAACUAAUCCGACAAAAUGGUAAACAACAAUGGAUUCGUGAAGAGGCGUUAGCAAACAUAGUUGCUGUUGAAGUAAUCGAUUUGCCUGUUUCAGAGUUUCAAGCGAAAAUUGAAGAAGAGUUUAAUCAUGCAAGCAACAACAUUCUGGAAAUGUUUAUUCAACGCUUAAAAACACAAAUGUCUCAAUUAGUUGUAUGGACGAAGCAUUGGAUUUCUAACAUGCCAAAUUUAUUCAUGACUAUACUGUCGUCAUCGAAAUUAACCACUUCACUUUUCAAGUAUUCACCCAAUGGUGAUCUAUCAAAACGUAGAAUACUACCAUCAUCAUCUCCUUCUUCACAUGACUAUUCAUCAAAUGAUCCAUCAUCUUUGUCAAGUUUUUCACAUAGUUUUCCACCUAGAUGGCAAUUUUCAUCACAUAUUCCUUCUUUACACAUCAAUAAUUCUACUAACAGUGAUAAUACUAUUGACAAUGUAGAUGGCGAUAAGCUAAAUUUUUAUAAAUCAUCUGAAAUAGAUCCCAAAAUAACGUCAUGGGAUGAAAAACUUACACGUGAUAAUUUCAAUGUUCAUAAAAUGUUGGUUGUAGCUACUUCAGUUGGAAAACUGUUUGGUUUAGAAAGUGAACGUGGUCGUAUUGUUUGGGAUUAUUUUGUCCCAUCUGCAAAACUUUUAGCUAAUGGAAAGCUUGCCCUCUUCCAACAGCGUAAUUUGGCUCAUUUUCCUUUACCACCUAUCAUGUCACUUUUAUUUCGAUCAAAGAUUACAAAUCGACGGGUACUUUUCCCAUUCAAUCCAAUUACUGGUGUUCCAUCACAUGAAAAAGGUAUGGAUUUGUAUGCAUUGAAAUCGGAUAUUAUUCAAACGGUCUUGGAACCUGGUUCUUUAAGCGAACGAUGUGAAUUUAUUAGACCUUUGUUGUUGUUGAGGGCCGAUUUAGACGUUGAAGUUUAUCCAUCUACUUGUGCUGCUACAUAUUCAUCAUCGGAUUCACAGCCUUUAUAUAUUUUUACUAUUGAAAGUGAACAAGCUCGUCUUACCGGUUAUCGGAUAGAUCCGGUAUCUUCAGAUGGUAAAUCUUUAAAAGCUACACGUGUCUGGCGAAUGUUAUUGAGUCCUGAUUCUAGUCCGGUUAACAAGCACAUCAUUGUCUCUGCAGCUUCACGUCCACCUUCUGAACAUAUUUAUUCAGUUGGUCGAGUAUUGGGUGAUAGAAGUGUUCUUUAUAAAUAUUUAAAUCCUAAUCUCAUUGCAGUACUUACUAUUGGUGGUGAUAUCAGCAGUCAUACAAAUACUCUGGUAAUUUAUUUAAUUGAUGUUGUAGCUGGUCGAAUAUUGUAUAGUGCUGUACAUCGUCGAUGUUCUGAACCUAUUAGUCUAGUGCAUUCAGAGAAUUGGAUUAUUUAUACUUAUUAUAAUCAUAAAUCAUUACGCAAUGAAGCUACUGUUAUUGAAUUAUAUGAACCGACUAAAUUAUCCGGGGAAUUAUGUGCUAGUCAGUCAAUUCCAAGCCCUUGGCAAUUAUUUCUCAGCAAUCUUAUUCCUUCAUGGCUGUUAUCUAAUCCAAGUUCAUCAAAAGGAUCUGGUGAUUUAUCGGGUUUUUCACGUUUCUCAUCUUUGUUUCGUGCUAGUGAUGUUGAUGGUUUUUGUGGUUCAACUGGUGAAAAUUCUUUAAUACCUCAAGUUCUACAACAAUCUUACAUACUGAACACUCCACCACGUAGUGGAGCAGUGACUGUUUCAGUUACUGAGAGAGGAAUUACCGCUAAGAAUAUAAUUCUGGCUUUACAGAGAAAUAGUCUAAUUGAACUCCCGAAAUCAUUUUUCGAUCCCCGUCGUAGUUUGGAUAUGACAUCUGAACUAAUGGAAGAAGGUGUUCACCCUUAUGCUCCUGUGCUACCAUUUUCCGAUCAAGCUAUGAUUACAUAUAAUCAGUCAAUUAUGCGAAUUCGAGCUAUUCGUACAGCACCUACCGGUUUAGAGUCCACGGGAUUAGUAUUUGCAUACGGAUUAGAUUUGUUUUUCACUCGAAUAUCACCUUCACAAACAUAUGAUUUACUUAAAGAAGAUUUCGAUUAUACUGCAAUAGCUACUGUCACAUUAGGAAUGAUAAUUGCUUCCAUCGUAUCAUGUCGUUUAGCCACAAGACGGGCAAUUCUUAGAGCUUGGGCUUAAUUUCUAGUUCAUGUAGAUUUAUUUGAUUUUUUUGUUUUUUCUUUUUGUAUGCUUAUGAAAAAUAGUUUUUUCAUCUAUGUAUGAUUUAUUUGACCAGUAUAAUUCUUCUUUACAUUUGUAAUAUUUUGUAUACUUUUGUCAAUGUUAUGUAUGUAUAAAUCAAUGUGUUCUCAUUCAUAUGAAUUCUGUUCAGUUAAUGGUUUUUGUUAUAUCCAGAUCUUGAAUUUUCGCUCUACAUUGAACAACUUAAGCACUAGAACGCUUGAACCAUCUAAGUCGCAAGUUAAAAGACAGAAGACCAGUGGAAAGAAAUCUCAUUCCAACCACUGUCAAAUAUGGUACAAAAACACUUGGGUAUUCAUAGCUUUUAGUAAAAUGAAAUCAUAACAAUCAUCCAAUCCACACAAAGUGGUUUUUAGCAUUUGUCUAAUGAGGAAGCUACACGUCAAGAUUCUGGAAUGCUCUUCUAAACGAUGAUUAGAUGGACUGUCUCCGGUUUUUUCGGAACUUGAGUUCACCGGGAGCCGUUUCCACACCUCCCCUCUUUAAAGUGUCUUAUGUAAAUCUUUCCGCUUGGGUUCACUUGAGACUUCUCAAUCACACUCCUCUUGAAGGUUGUACUGUUUCGCCCUUUCGUCACCUAUGUCUUCGGCUUUUGUUCUCCUCAGGUCUUUUUUAAAUAAGUGAACAUGCAUUUGAAACGUCAUCUUUGUGUAAUCGUUAAUCUACUAUCCCUUUAGAUUUAAUUGACACGUCUUGUAGAGGUCCCGAAACUUGUGCGAACUAAAUACAGUAUUUUUUCAACCUGACAUUCAAUGACACCCGGUUCCCACUUUCUAUUACCUUGAUAAGUGCCCUUUCGCCCACCUGAAAGCUGCGAUUGACCGUCUAAUAUUCGUUUGUGAGUUUAUUCGUCGUCCUGGGUGGCAACAUAGUAAAGGUUGUCCGAACUUCCCGGCACUUUCAGAUUGGGUGUGACUUUGCAGGACACGAACUAGAACACCUCAUCUUCAUUUUAUCAGAGUCCUUUUUAUCGUACCCACAAAUCUUUCUACUUGGUCAUUCGAUUACGGGUGAUACGAAGGAGACCGUGAUGCGUGAUCCCAUUUUCACUGCAGAACCGUUUGAAAGAGGAUGACUUGAACUGAGUGCCAUUGUCAUUUAUUAAGAUCUCUGGAAACACUAAACAAAAACCUUGACAAUCUGUUGUGUCCUCUGACGUCACGUUCGGCAUAUCGUAUAAUUCCGGCCACUUCGUGAAAGCAUCCAUAACAGCCAACUAGUUUCUGCCGUGUAUUGGAUUAACGAAAUUAGCGUGUAUUUGCCAAGGCCCGUCGGGUUUCGACCAUGAGAUUCUUUGCGACUUCUAGACAGGACCAACAGCUACGACACUUUUGUUCUAUAUCAAAGUCCAUUGACGGCCAGUAUGCGUAACUCCGAGUCAGUGACUUCAUCUUACUUAUUCCCGGUUCCCACUGUGGAACUGUUUUAGAACUUGCUGUCGAAUAAUUCUGAGAAUAACAAUACGGUGGUCAAACAUGGUGCACAAAUCGACAGUUCCCAGAAAGUCUCGUCGAAGUGAACGCCGCUAGUUAAGUAUACAACGGCGAACGGUCCUCAGUGUAUUAUCCUUUUCACUAGCUUUAAUGGCUUCGAACGUGACCGGCAGUCCUAUAACUGCGUCUGUCAACACUGUGAACUUCAGCUUCUGCAAGCAGCUCGUUUUGUACAGAAGCCAAUUAAUCUUGAAAGGGCAUACGUCUGUCCGAAAUCCGUUGUUGGUGUAUACUUUAUCUUGAGAUCAUAGCCCAGCAGUGCAGUUGCUCAUCGUUGCAGGCGGUCCAGUGUACACAGGGACACCCUUAUGGGAGCAUCCGACUAUGUUCAGAUUAUUCGACAGGACUAUACGAAGCACUAGAAGCUCACCAGUACUUUUCGCCCUUACCGGAAGACUUAUUCGCAAAACUAAAUAGGGAGAAGUACUUCGCAAAGCUGGACUUUUCAGAUUACAGUAUCUGAAGAAUGCAAGCAUUACACAUAAAAAAUAGCUCAAGUGCAACAGGAUCCUUUUUGUAUUAAAGACAGCUUUAUGUGAUUUCACACCAUUUUCAUAUUUCUUAGUACAGUGGAAAUCAGCGGUUUACAAGACAUACCAACUGAAGAUUUCUUUUGUAAAUUGUACCUGUGAUACUGAGUAAAUUAUCGUGAUCAUUUAACUAUUUGGCUCAUAUGAAAAUAUGAUGCAGGCCGAAUGUGUUUUUUUUGCUGCGGAUCAAAAUAUUUUAAAAAUGAGUCUUCCCACUAUUUCACAGUCGUCAGGCUGUAUUUCUGCCACUUCCUCACAUCUAAAGUUUGACUUCUCAUCUUAUGUCCACUAAUUAGUAGGUAGACUUAUGUGGAAGAGGGGUAGAUAUGUUUAUUACAUCUUCAUCUCUAAAUGACUGAGGACUGUAAUGGUUAUUGAGGUUCAAUAACAGUAUUUCGGACUUUGUAGCUAUUUCCGAUUUAUUGCGCAGUACUAUCUUGAAGUUGUCUACAACAGAAGUGUGAUUAUCUGAAGAAUUCGUUUACAAAACUUUUUUUGGGAAGAUGGCAAUAUACAUCCCCUACUCUUCAUUGUUACAAACUGACAGCGAUUACACAGUGUUGCCCAGCUUUUAUCUGUAACAUUUUGAAAACAGCCCUUACAGAGUUUGUGAUGAACAUAUCCUAUCUAAAGUAAAUGGGUGAUACUGAUUACUGUAUGGGAACACAAACCACCGAAACUGCACCUGGCAACUUUUGUCCUUCGUGUUCGUUGGUACGAGGUGUCACUUAUUCUCUAUCAUAGUAUCUCGUGUGUUUGGACUACCUGCUUUAAAGCAAUAAACCCU